CAGUUACCAACAUGGCCAUCGAGAGCAAAUCUGUCCCGUUCACCAUUCUAAACGCGUUCACCGACGAUAUCGCGGGUGGGAACCCCGCUGCGAUCGUGUUCAUAUCCUCUCUCUCCGCCUAUUCCGACGAGGUGCUGCUCACCAUCGCGAGGAACUUCAACCAGCCGAUUACCACCUUCGUCUCUCCGGGUCCUGUUCCAACUACCAGCGACGCUGAGAUCGCAGAGUUCGGCGCGCGCUGGUUCACGCCGGACGUCGAAGUGCCGAUGUGCGGGCACGGCUCACUCGCGGCUGCGAAGGCGAUCUUCACGCACGGUUCCCUCGUCCCCGCUUCUGUAAACACCCUGAGGUUUGAGUCGGAUAAGGGCCGUGUGGCUGUUGCGCGUCGUGCCGAGGACGAUCGUAUCGAGAUCGCGUUAGACGCUGCAUCUCUUACCGAGCUCAGCAAUGAGGACGAUGCCACGAAAUUGCGCGCCGCUCUUGAGCGAGCGGUGGGGAAGGAUGUGAAAGUGAAGUUUAUGGGUCGGGGAGACGCGAAAUAUCCCCAAUAUGUACUUGUGGAGCUCGACGUCCUGGACCUGGGUGCACUAAAGGUAGAUCCACAAGCUCUACUUGACUCCCCGUUUGGCGUACAUGUCCUGACCGCAUCCCCAACUACCGGCCCUCCUGAUGUAGCAUUCCACUCCCGCAUGUUCGCACCAGCGGCCGGAAUCCCAGAGGAUCAAGUAUGCGGGACCGCUCACUGCCUCCUUGCACCGUACUGGAAGGCCAAAAAGCAAUUGUCGGGGGCCAUCAUAGCUAAGCAAGUAAGUUCCAGAGGAGGAGACUUGAGGGUCGUUGUCGACGAGGUUGAAGAGCUUGUCAGACUCGCAGGACAUGUGAAGGUCGUGUCCAAAGGAGAGUUGUUUUUGUAGCUUGAUCGGCGUAUAAUCACUGUACAUUUUGAGGACUUUUAUGUACCUUCCCAUCUAUUGACCUGCAAGACCUUACAUUCU